AUGGUUUUCACGAUUCUUGUUUUCCUUGGCUUCACUCUAGCUCAGAUCAUUCUUCUCGUACCUCAUCCAGGUGAAAACUGGCUAGAGAUGUAUCAAGAGCCUCGAGAAAUGGCAGUUUUAAAAAUUAGUGUUCCAAUCUCAGUGACAAGUUUCAUUGUUGAUGUUUAUACUUUCAUCACACCAAUUGCAGGAGUCUCGGGGCUGAAGUUAAGUCGAAAGAGGAAGAUUGGAGUUCUCAUGAUUUUGAUUACGGGACUUUGCGCUUGUAUAGCAUCAUCACUGAGUAUCUACUACAAAACGCGCCUUACUACUAUUGAUUCAGCUUGGGACUCUAUUCCUGUUAUCAUUUGCGCAUUGGGUAGUGAGCCUGACGAGAAUUUGAGGAAGAAGGCAAGUGCAAACGGUAGGGAAAGAGAAGUUGAAAUGGGCGAGGACACCUUGUUUGAAAUAGAAAUGGGAGACCUCGGAAGGGGAAAAAAUCAAGUCAAGAUCAUUUCUGGAAAUAUGAAUGGUCAUACUGAUGUAACGUAG